CACAACCGAUCUAACUUCCAAAAUGAUCUCCUCCAACCUGUAUCAGAUUAGCAAGUUGCUUGCACGAUGUGGAAUGCAUCGCACCUACUGCACAGAUCCCACCCGAAUAGAGAAAACCGUAAACACCGUCACGCUGCUAGGUCGCGUUGGUGCGGAUCCACAGCGUCGAGGAAAUGAUGCACACCCGGUGGUAAUGUUUUCCGUGGCGACACACUCCAACUAUAAAUACGAUUCGGGUGAUUGGAUGCAGAAAACGGAUUGGCAUCGGGUGGUAGUGUUCAAGCCGGGUCUACGUGAUGCGGUAAUGUCGUACCUGAAGAAAGGACAGCGCACGAUGGUUACCGGGAAGAUCACAUAUGGCGAAAUUACCGAUCAGGAAGGAAAGCAACGGGGUACCACCAGCAUCAUUGCGGAUGAUGUUAUCUUUCUUCAGAAUUAAGGGCGCCAAAUGAAGGUCGUUUUUUGCAUUUGUUUUGUAAAGUUCAUUAGCACAUUGGCUUAAGAUGAAAAAUAAAGCUUAUAG